AUGUUGGCAGCUGUAGGACAGUUUUGCGCCACGUCUUCUGUGGCUCUUAAUAGGCAGAUAUGUAAUGGUCUGGCCUCAAAAGCAGCCCUUCUUGGUGCAAAGAUGUUGUUUUUACCAGAGGCAUCUGAUUUCAUCUCAGAGUCUAAAGAACAGACAUUCUCCUUGACAACUAACCUCACAGACUCUGUAUUUCUUGGAGAUAUGAAACAGGCUGCCAAACAAAAUAAUAUUUGGGUGUCUGUGGGUGUACAUGAAAAGGCAAAAUCACCAAAUCAAAUUUACAAUACCCAUGUAAUUAUUGAUGCUUUAGGAGAGAUUGUUGCUGAGUACCGCAAGAUCCAUUUAUUUGAUGUGGACAUCAAGAAUGGUCCACGUCUAAUGGAAAGCGAGACAACCCUCAAGGGUCCAAGUCUAGGAAAGGUUGUCCCAAGUCCACUCGGAAAAAUUGGUCUUCAGACGUGUUACGACUUGCGCUUUGCAGAACAAUCGAUUGCCCAGCGUCAAAGAGGGGCAGAGAUAUUGACAUUCCCUAGUGCAUUUACGAUCAAGACAGGAGAAGCACACUGGGAGAUCCUUUUGAGAGCGCGUGCGAUUGAAACACAGACUUUUGUGAUUGCUGCUGCUCAAGUUGGCCAGCACAAUCCAAAGAGAGCUAGCUAUGGGCACGCCAUGAUUGUGGACCCAUGGGGAACAGUUUUGGCUCAAUGCGAGAACAGUGGAGAACCAAGCUUAGCGAUUGCACCUAUAGAUCUUACCUUCCAGCAAACAUUGAGAGUUCAAAUGCCAGUAAUGGAGCAUCGUCGUCAUGAUAUAUAUCCUGCUCUUUGA